AGCGAGUCAUUAGAUCACUGCCGAUUAAGAGGAAUACAGCUGCGCUGGAGGCUGCCGCACCGAGUAAAGGUGAUGUUGCAUCCCGUAAAGAAAUUCAAGCUCACGAUAGUGCUAAUAGUAAGCAAGCGAUGGACCAGGAGGACGAACAUGCUUCUAUGAUCAAAGUGCUGACGGAAGAGCAGGAUGCACUUGAAAAAUCGAGCUCUGUCCUUUCUGUCGUUGAAGAAAAGGAGAAAAGAGCUGCGGCGAUGGUGAACUUUAUUGACAAACUCAAGAGAACUGUCGAUGGCGAAGGUGGUGUUGAUGAGAACAACGAUUCAAGUUCGUCUCGUGAGAAAGAAACAUACAAAGCAGGCAGCUGGACGCGCGAGUGGCUGGAUAAGCAAACAAAAAAGCAGC